CCUCUCUAGCCUGCUGUUCUGCUUGGUCGCAUGGGAAACUGUGGAAACCGGAUAAAGUUGACAUCUUUGGAGGCUUCCUCCGGGGUCUGUGUGGUGGGAGUUGAAGAAAACGAUAGGGGCGCAUUCAUUUCUAAUUUCCAACCUUUGCCGCACCCUAAAAGGCGAGUUUCUUGCGUCCAUGGAUCGGCUAUCUUUCUUUAAAGAGGAUCUGGGCGGGCGAGCAGAGGCUGUGGUGUGGUAAAGGCGAAAACUUUUAGGUUAAGAUGUCGCGACCCUCUCUGGAGAGGCAUGGGUCGAUCGACGCACAGCUCAGGAUUCUGGCGCCGGCGAAGGUCUCCGAGGAUGAUAAGUUGGUGGAGUACGAUGCACUUCUCGUGGAUCGCUUCCUCGACAUCCUCCAGUCCUUGCACGGCGAAGAUCUUCGGGAAACGGUUCAAGAGUGUUAUGAAAUAUCUGCAAAAUUUGAAGGUUCUCGUGACCUAAGUAAGCUAGAUGAGCUGGGAAAUGUGCUGAUGAAUCUGGAUCCUGGGGACUCUAUCUUGGUCACCAGUGCGUUUUCCCACAUGCUCAAUUUGGGCAAUUUGGCCGAGGAGGUGCAGAUUGCUCACCGCAGGAGGAACAAGCUGAAAAGUGGAGAUUUUAUUGAUGAAAAUAACGCAACAACUGAGUCUGAUAUCGAAGAGACACUUAAAAGGCUUGUAGAACAGAUGCAUAAGUCACCAGAGGAGGUCUUUGAUGCUGUGAAAAACCAGACAGUUGAUCUGGUUUUAACUGCACAUCCGACACAGUCAGUAAGAAGAUCAUUGCUUCAGAAACAUGCCAGGAUAAGAAAUUGCUUGACACAGCUUACGGGCAAGGACAUUACCACUGAUGAUCAGCAUGAACUCGAUGAAGCACUUCAAAGGGAGAUUCAAGCUGCAUUUCGAACUGAUGAAAUCCGAAGAAUACAACCUACUCCUCAAGAUGAGAUGCGUGCUGGAAUGAGCUACUUUCAUGAAACAAUAUGGAAAGGUGUACCAAAAUUCUUACGGCGUGUAGAUACAGCUUUGAAGAACAUUGGAAUCAAUGAGCGUAUUCCUUACAAUGCCCCACUCAUUCAGUUCUCUUCUUGGAUGGGCGGUGACCGUGAUGGCAAUCCUAGAGUCACCCCGGAAAUCACAAGAGAUGUGUGCUUGCUAGCUAGAAUGAUUGCUGCAAGCUUCUAUUAUUCUCAGAUAGAAGAUUUGAUGUUUGAGUUAUCUAUGUGGCGGUGCACCAGUGAACUUCAAGAAAGGGCAAAUGUGCUUCACCAAUUGUCAAAGAAAAUCGCAAAACACUACAUAGAAUUUUGGAAACAAAUUCCUCCAAGUGAACCAUAUCGUGUUAUAUUGGGUGAUGUGAGAGAUAAACUUUAUAACACACGUGAACGUUCACGUCAUUUAUUGACAAAUGGAGUUUCAGAUAUACCACUGGAAGCAACCCUCACUAAUGUUGAGCAGCUCCUGGAGCCACUUGAACUGUGUUACAGGUCGCUAUGCUCCUGUGGUGAUAGAUCUAUUGCUGACGGAAGCCUUCUCGACUUUCUGCGCCAAGUUUCUACCUUUGGACUCUCCCUUGUGAGACUUGAUAUUAGACAAGAAUCUGAGAGGCACAGUGAUGUUCUUGAUGCCAUCACUAAGUUUCUUGGAAUUGGAUCAUACCAUAAUUGGCCUGAAGAGAAGCGCCAGGAGUGGUUGUUAUCUGAACUCAGAGGCAAGCGCCCUCUAUUUGGUCAUGACCUUCCACAAACAGAGGAAAUUUCUGAUGUUUUACAGACAUUCCACGUCUUGGCUGAACUUCCGUUUGAUAGUCUUGGUGCCUACAUCAUCUCAAUGGCAACUUCUCCAUCAGAUGUGCUUGCUGUGGAACUCCUGCAACGCGAGUGUCAUGUGAAGAAUCCCUUGAGAGUUGUGCCUCUAUUUGAAAAACUUGCAGAUCUUCAGGCAGCCCCUGCUGCUUUAGCACGAUUGUUCUCAAUAGAUUGGUACGUGAACAGGAUUAAUGGAAAGCAGGAAGUCAUGAUUGGCUAUUCUGAUUCAGGGAAGGAUGCUGGUCGUCUUUCUGCAGCUUGGCAGUUAUAUAAAGCACAAGAGGAGCUCGUAAAGGUUGCUAAGGAUUAUGGAAUCAAAUUAACAAUGUUCCAUGGUCGAGGUGGUACUGUUGGAAGAGGUGGUGGUCCUACACAUCUUGCUUUACUCUCACAACCUCCAGAAACCAUUAAUGGAUCACUUCGUGUGACAAUUCAAGGUGAAGUAAUCGAACAAUCAUUUGGUGAGGAGCAUUUGUGCUUUAAAACACUUCAGCGUUUUACAGCUGCUACUCUUGAGCAUGGAAUGCACCCUCCUAUAUCACCUAAGCCAGAAUGGCGCGCACUUAUGGAUGAGAUGGCUGUAGUGGCCACAAAAGAAUAUCAGUCAAUAGUUUUCAAGGAGCCACAUUUUGUUGAAUAUUUUCGACUAGCCACACCUGAAACAGAGUACGGCAGGAUGAACAUUGGUAGUCGGCCAUCCAAAAGGAAGGUCAGUGGGGGGAUAGAAUCUCUUCGUGCAAUUCCAUGGAUUUUUGCUUGGACCCAGACAAGGUUUCACCUUCCUGUGUGGCUUGGCUUCGGUUCAGCUUUCAAGCAUGUGCUGAACAAGGAUAUCAGAAACCUUCAAAUGCUAAGGGAGAUGUACAAGGAGUGGCCCUUUUUCAGGGUUACAAUAGAUCUAGUUGAGAUGGUUUUUGCAAAGGGAGAUCCAGGAAUCGCUGCUCUGUACGACAAAUUACUCGUGUCUGAUGAGCUGCGUCCAUUUGGUGAGCGACUGAGGGCCAACUAUGAGGAGACAAAACAUCUGCUUCUUCAGGUUGCUGGUCACAAGGAUCUUCUCGAAGGCGAUCCUUAUCUGAAACAAAGAUUACGGCUGCGCCGUGCGUAUAUUACAACUCUAAAUGUCUGCCAAGCUUAUACACUGAAGAGAAUGAGGGACCCUAACUUCAAUGCAAAUGCAAAGCCUCCUUACAUGGAUUCUAGUGAUUCAUCAGCAGAUGUUGUGAAACUGAAUCCCACCAGUGAAUAUGGUCCUGGACUGGAAGACACCCUCAUAUUGACAAUGAAGGGCAUUGCAGCUGGCAUGAGGAACACUGGUUAGCUCUAGCUUUUCUCGUCUCCGGUAUCUCAUGCUACUCUUGUAGUUGGAAACAGUUGAACUACAACUGUUCAUACUUCGUGUGCAUCGAUUGUGCUAGAAUGUGCGAUUCCAGUGGAUUAAAAACAACAGUGAAAGACAGCUUUUUGAAUGUAUUUAAGGAUCACCUAUCAAACAUUGUGCAAAGUUGAAUUUGUAAUGGUAUGCCCCAAAGGGAAAACAAUCUCAUAUUCAA